AUGUCGGAGGAAACAAUUACGUCUAUGAAUGAUCAGGCAGUUAAAAUUGAACCACCAGAAUAUUCACCAGAAGACAUUAAACUCGAAAUAGAGGUUGAUUUUGAUGAUUCCGACGUUGUUGUUAAAUCUGAAUUGUGUGCUGAAGAUGAUGAUACGUGUUUAGAAAGAUUUAUGAAUUCCGAAGUGACAAUUGAAGAAGAAGUCAAACAGGAGUUAGUUGAGACAUCAACUUAUGAAUGUGACCUUUGCAAUAGAUCAUUUGCAGAAUCAAAUCAUUUAAAAGAGCAUAUGGCCGAUCAUAUUCCUAACAAAAUCAAAGAAUGUCCUUUCAAAUGCAAAAUCUGUCAUAAGACUUUCAGUCAAUUAGGUAGUCUGAAAAGGCACAUGCUUAUUCACAGAGGUGAGCGACCCCACGAAUGCAGUAUAUGCAAUAAGACAUUCACACUAUUAUGUAAUCUGAAAAGUCACCUGCUUAUUCACAGAGGUGAGCGACCCUAUCGAUGCAGUAUAUGCAAUAAGACUUUCACACUAUUAUCCAAUCUGAAAAGUCACAUGCUGAUACACAUUGGAGCACGUCCUCAUGAAUGCAAUGUAUGCAAAAAGGCAUUCAUGCGAGCAGGUGAUCUGAAGAAACACAUGCUCAUUCAUAAUGGAAUUUUUACAAAUCUCUUAACCCUUAUGAAAGAAAAAAAAUCGCGGCCGUUCAUCUCUACUACUACUACUUCUCAUUUAUAG